UUCAAAUUGCUUUAAGCUCAUUUACCUACGCAAUUCUCUACACAAAAAUCUCUUUUCAAUAAUAUAGCUGGAUUUAUCCUGGAUAAACUCUUAAAAUAAUAACUAUAAUGAAAAUACUGUCCUGUAUGUUGAUAUUAGCAUCCUGGUCAUCAGUUUGUUGCUAUAAACACAAAAUCACAGGAACAAACAGACAACUAAAUCCUAUCAAACUCGAGAAAGAUCUUGUUGAAUGGCAACGUAAUAGUAUUGCCACUAUUAUUCCAAUUCUGACAGAUAUCGCAUGUGAGGCAUGCAGCAAAAUUUCCAAUAAAAACGACCGUGAAAAGUGCAGUAAGAAAUUUUGCCUAUCAAGCGGAACCCAUGCUAUGCGACAUUCAACUGACGUAUCCAUCAUCAAAAGAAAAAUUCACUUUGACAUUUUCGGUAAUAAAGGACUUCCCGUGAACAAAACCCAGGGCGUUAUUGCUGAAUUAACUAAUAUGUUAUGUUCGUUGUGUAGCAAGAUAAAGGACCCAGUGAAAAAGAAGAAUUGCAUCACGAAAUUUUGUUUAAAGAGAAAACUUUCUCUUGUGCAGGCACCAAGAAUGAUUGAAACAAAACCAAAACUUCAGGUUUUUUCUAGACAUCCUUACAAAAGAUCAAGUGUUAUAUCCAAGAACGCAAAAUUCUAAUUCUGGUUUAAAAACUAUCAAGUAAACGUUUAAAGUAGCGAGAAAUUUUUUAAUUAAUUACUUAUAAAUUGAACCAAAGAAAUAUCAACUUUCACCUACACAAAUACAAGUUUUAAAUUAUAUAUGUUGUAGUGUUUGAAGUGAGAAAUGUAAGACUUACUCUAAUAAUAAAAUCAUAUGGAAAGUACAAACUAGAAAAAAAGAAUGUACUUUUCUGAACAAUGGAGAGUGAGUAAAAGAGAUAAAGAGAGAGUUCAACUAUGUCAAUGUUGCAAUAUGAAAUAAACUCAUCAUAGA